CACUUACAGCAGGCUUGCAUCACCAGCUGCCACUCAGCUGGGUUUUCAUCAGUCUUAAACUGAGCUGUGUUAAUUACCUGAGCACACACACAGCUCAAGUCUGAACAAGCUAGUAAGAUGGGGUUCGUGUCUCUGCUGCUGGUGGCAUCGUCCCCGGUCGUGGAAGUGCUCCUCAUCGCCGUCCUCGGCGCCUACCUCGCCUCCGGCCACGGCCACAAGGUCCUCCUCGGCGCCAGCGCGCGCACCGACAUCAACCGCGUGGUGUACGCCGUCUUCACCCCGGCGCUCAUGCUCUCCAGCCUCGCCAGGACCGUCACGCUCCGGGACGCCGUCUCAUGGUGGUUCAUGCCGGUCAACAUCGGCAUCAUCUUCCUCGCCGGCGGCCUCCUCGGCUGGGCCGCCGUCUUCCUCCUCCGGCCCCCGCAGCACCUCAGAGGCUUAGUUGUGGCGUCAUGCUCCGCAGCCAACUUCGGUAACCUGCUGCUCAUCAUGAUCCCCGCCGUGUGCCGGGAGGAAGGGAACCCUUUUGCGGAGGACGGCGGCGCCGGCGUCUGCACCGACCGAGGGCUCUCCUACGCAUCCUUCUCCAUGGCCCUUGGAGGGCUGUACAUCUGGACGCACACGUACAGCGUCAUGAAGAGAUCCAGCGAGAUAUACCGCAAGAUGAAUCAUGAGUCCACGCUUGCUUCUGCUGUUGCUCAUCAUGGACACGACGAGGCAGCUCAUGAUGAUCCCAAGAAGGACUCUCUGAGACAAGAGGAAGAAGAAGAAGAAGACAACCAAUUAGAGGAGCCCAGCUGGAACGACGAUGAGGAAGAGGGGCUUGUGUCCCAGCCAUCUUCAGACAGCUUUGUCGUCCUAGACCAUGAACGGGAACAGCGCCAAGCGUUGCUGAUGCCGUUGGUGUCCAGCUACCAUCUUCAGCAUUCGGGUGGUAAUAAGAUCAGCGUGUGGGACAAGCUCAAGCAUGGCACCCACCAGAUCCUCGAGGAGCUCACCGCGCCACCCACCGUCAGCGCCGUUCUAGGAUUCAGUGUCGGCGCAGUGCCGUGGCUGAGAUCGGCGUUCAUCGGCGACGGCGCUCCCCUGAGGGUCGUCCAAGACGCCCUCAAAAUACUAGGAGAUGGCACCAUCCCUUGUAUUACUCUCAUUCUUGGAGGAAACCUCACCAAAGGUGUGCGAAAGACGGCGGUGUCGCGAUGGAUCAUUGCUGCGAUCAUCGGCAUCCGGUACGUGGCCCUGCCGUUGAUCGGGGUGGCGGCGGUGAAGUCGGCGCGUGAGCUCGGGUUCCUACCACCAGACCCGCUGUACCAGUAUGUGCUGAUGCUGCAGUUUGCGCUGCCACCGGCGAUGAGCAUCGGCACAAUGGCGCAGCUCUACGACGUUGCCCAGGAGGAGUGCUCCGUCAUAUUCCUCUGGACGUACCUCGUCGCCGCACUCGCGCUCACCCUCUGGUCUACCAUCUUCAUGUCCAUCCUCUCCUAGCAACAGAGGCCGAGAAAAAGUGGCUUCCAAAAAAAUAAAUUAAGUGGGCAGAGUAGAGAUGUUCAAACCAUUUCUGGAGAAGCCCAAGUUAAAAAAGAACAAGUGAUCAAUUGAUCCUAACUACUACUGCACUGCAUACAGUUU